CUCUAUUUUCUAUUCUGUCCCCUCGGUAAAGGCCGGCCAUGAGGUCCCACGACAGCUACCGGGCACUCGUCGUGCUCGCGACGGUGCUCGCCCACAUGCGCGGCACGCUCGCGGUACGCGUCGCAGGCAGCGCCAGCAGGAGGAACGAUCAAUCGACGGCGGCGGACCAAUCAUCUUCCUCCUCUUUCUGGUCCCCCACUCUCAAAAGCGAGGACAUCUUCCCGCAGCAGGACAACAGCGCGACCUUUUUCCCUACGGCCCACGGCCUCGUGCAGACUCAUCCGGCCAACAGCGCUGGCGUGUUCCGCAGCGGAUUCGGCGGUAUCGACAACCUCGGUAGUCGAGGGGUGACGAUGAGGCCGCCGAGGACGCGACCUCUCGAUUACAACGAGCGGGCGACCGCCGAAUUACGCCGGAACCCGUCGCUCUCGUCGCCGGACGAGUGCGCUCGCGCCUGCCGCGAGAAUGAGCCUCCCAGGAUAUGCUACUACCACUUCACGCUCGAGUAUUACACCGUGCUCGGCGCAGCGUGUCAGGUAUGCACACCGAACGCAACCAACUCGAUAUGGAGCGACUGUCAAUGCGUCCUGGCGGACGGCGUGGAGCGUGGUAUCCUGACCGCGAACAGAAUGAUCCCCGGACCGAGCAUCCAGGUGUGCCAGGGUGACAAAGUCGUAGUCGACGUGGAAAAUCACAUGGAGGGAAUGGAAGUCACUCUUCACUGGCACGGUGUCUGGCAACGGGGGUCUCAGUAUUACGAUGGUGUGCCUUACGUGACGCAGUGCCCCAUUCAGGAGGGUAACACGUUCAGAUAUCAGUGGACGGCGGGCAACGAAGGUACGCAUUUCUGGCAUGCUCACACCGGCAUGCAAAAGAUCGACGGUCUUUACGGAAGCAUAGUGAUUCGACAGCCGCCGAGCAAGGAUCCUAACAGCAAUCUAUACGAUUACGAUUUAACUACGCAUGUGGUGCUCAUCAGUGAUUGGUUCCACGAGAGCGCUAUCGAGCGUUAUCCUGGUCGACUCGCGGUCAACACUGGUCAAGCGCCUGAGAGCGUGUUGAUCAACGGGAAAGGUCAAUUUAGGGACCCUAACACCGGUUUCAUGACCAACACGCCCCUCGAAGUGUUCACGAUAACUCCGGGCCGUCGUUACCGGUUCCGAUUGAUCAAUUCAUACGGAUCAGUAUGUCCCGCUCAAAUUACUAUCGAGGGUCACACGCUCACCGUUAUCGCUACUGACGGUGAAGCAGUGCAUCCAGUACAAGUUAACACUAUAAUCUCUUUCUCGGGUGAACGUUACGAUUUCGUCAUAAAUGCCGACCAGCCAGUCGGCGCUUACUGGAUCCAACUUCGAUCGCUCGGAGAAUGUGGAAUUCCUCGAGCUCAACAGCUAGCUAUCCUGCGAUACGCUCGCGGUCCUUAUCAACCUUCUACCGCGCCACCUACGUAUGACUUCGGUCUCCCACAAGGCGUCGUUCUGAAUCCGCUGGACGCCAUUUGCAACCGGCCGCGCCAGGAUGCGAUUUGCGUGAGCCAAUUGAAAAACGCCCGCCACAUUGAUCAGGGUAUCCUUCAGCAACGCCCUGACGUGAAAAUCUUCCUGCCGUUCCGUUUCCUAUUCUAUAGACCGGAGGAGGUCUUCCAACCGCAGACCUACAAUCGCUUCCUCGUUGCGCCGACCGGCGACCAUGUAAUUUCUCUCGUUGACGAGAUCUCGUUCACGUUCCCUCCGGCGCCUCCGCUCUCGCAAAUCGAUGACAUUCCACCUGAACAAUUCUGCAACGGUGAUAACAGACCGGCCGACUGCGGUGCCAACUGCAUGUGUACGCACCAGGUCGACAUUCCGCAUAACGCGGUCGUCGAGGUGGUUCUCGUUGAUGAAGUACAACAACCAAACUUGUCGCAUCCGUUCCACUUGCACGGAUACGCGUUCAACGUGGUCGGUAUCGGCCGUUCUCCCGACAAAAACGUGAAGAAGAUCAACCUGAAACACGCCCUGGACCUCGACAAACGCGGCCUCUUGCACAGACAGUUCGACUUGCCCCCUGCUAAGGACACUAUUGCCGUUCCCAACAACGGCUACGUCAUCUUCCGGUUCCGCGCGGAUAAUCCGGGAUACUGGCUGUUCCACUGCCACUUCUUGUUCCACAUACUAAUCGGUAUGAAUCUGAUCCUGCACGUGGGGACACACGGGGACCUGCCGCCGAUACCGCCCAACUUCCCGACCUGCGGCGACCACUUGCCACCCAUCACGCCGCCGCUGUCGCUGGGCACCACCGCGUAUCACUGAUGCGCGAACGCGAGCGACCAGCUCGGAGAGACCGAGAAGACGCUCCAAAGUUCAUACGAUACUUGUAGCAUAUUUCUGUAAAGUAACGCGCGAGCUUGUAACGUUUCCCUUCAUCGCUCUUCUCAGCUCCUCGACCUGAUCGGUCGUCCUCGAAAGCGCGCUCGGCGAUCGAUCGGGGCGAGGAGUCCGAGGGAUGUUGACCCGUUGCCUCGCGAGAGGACAAGGUGCAGAAGGAAUCGAAUGACUUUGGGGAGAGAUUCUCGCGAGGCGACGGAUCAACAGGAGGCGGUCGACGUCCCGCUGGACGUCGCGAAACGACGAACAUUCACAGAGGCGAUGAUGACUUCACGUUGGCGACAGUCGAUAAUUUAUUGUGUUCCAGAUGCUUCACCCGCCGUUGUGUGACACUCACGUUGCGUGUUUUACCCCUUUUGUUAUUCCGAAAGCAGCCGACUGCCCGCUGCGAGUCCCGUAGAGCGCGGAUAUAUUCAGGUGCAGCGUUCGUCCUCCCAUCGAGAGCGUACCGCGAACGUACCGUCGCUUAGACGGCUGCGAGAGGAUGAUUCGAAGAGAUUUCGGCGGAUAUUUACGCUGUACGGGAAGCACGGAUGGCGACCGCGAACCCUCUUGUGACGAGUGAAGCAUCUCAGCUGGAAACGUACGAACGUUUCUGAUUAACGUUUGCAAUGCUGUAAAUAAUGUAGAAAUAGUCACUACAGUUAACGAGAUAUUAAUGUGGGAGUAAUGGGAUAGGUAGCUAGGUAGGUAGCGUAAGAGAGGAAGAGAUCCAUGACCGUCCGAGAGAUUUUCAUCGUGACCGGCGGUCCGAUCGAUGGAUUAUCAUUAUCAGAGUAACGUUCUUCGAGAGGAGGCUGGAUCUGCGCGAACGUGGAAUCCACAAUUUUCGAAAUUAUUCAAGGACUAUCUCGUUAUAUCAGGCGAUACGAAUCAACAUCUACAAAGAAAAAAGAUCUUAAACACGAUCUUUCGCAUGAGCAUAGAGAAGUAAUAUUUAUUUAAAUCAUUAUCAUUCCCGGCUCCCCAUUUAUCAUAGAUGGCUUCAUUUCGCUUCCUCCGAUAUAUCAAUCGUUUCAGUCAUCUUCGCCAUUUCUUCGUCAAACGCUUCAUUUUCGUUCGUUCGUUCGUUCGUUGUUCUGUGGCCGGAAGAGAUGCAAUAACUUUUCGCGUUGUAGCGGUAAAAAUAAGUAGUAAAAAAAAAACAGUAAAAAUAAAUAGUAAAAAAUGUAAUAUAUGCAAGUAUUUUUGCUACGCUAAAAUAUGUCAGCAAUGUUGAUUGCAGGUGGCAGUGGAUUUCCCUCGGCAGAUCCAGGCUACUGAAACAACUUUUUAGUUAGAGAGUAAAUUCGCGCUUGUGUCGCGAAACAGCGCGAGCUCCACGCACUUUGGCUCUUGUUUCGACAGCCUAAAGUUGCAAUAAAUUUUACAUUACAUUAAGACUUACGUUAAAACUUACUACAUUAAAUGGAAGUAUCAGGGUAAAAUUGUGUGCCUCUCGAUUAUCGAAGUUCCACGAGACGAUCCAAAGGGAUAUCGAGACAAUUUCGAGACAAUUACCGACACAAAUCUGCAUGGAUUCAUACGUUAACACGCUUAUUUUGGAUUUCUAAUUUAAAUCGCCUCUCGAAUCUGGCCCUCCCCCUUUAAUUUAAAGUUCCGUGGCGAUUCAAUCGUAGGUAGGCUGACACGUUAUCGUUAACGCAACGCGAUUAAUACAACGCGCCAUUCUCGGCGCGACAAUAGCUGUAUGUUUAUUCAUGGUGCCUCCAUUUUCUAUGGAAAAUACUCUACGUUUAUAUGCAACUCACAAUUAACGCUUAAUUCAUUUGAUCAUAUCCACGCAUAUACACACAACUAACAUACACAAGUCCAUAUAUAUAUGUGUGUGUGCGUG